GCAUGAUAAGUAGCAUGGAGGACAAUUGCUGAAAGAUAGAGGCAAUCGAAUUUUAAGGCCAUGGAAAUCAUAAACUAGGCCCUCUUACGCAUUUUAUGCUCCAAGUUGCUCUCUUUAUCAUCCUUGUCUGAACUAUAGCUUUUCUCAAAAGCUUCCUUUUGGGGCUAUAUAUUCACAAACACCAUUUCCUCUGAACUGCCCCAUUCCUGUAUAAAACAGAACUCUCAAUAUCUCGAUAAUGGCAGAACAAGAGGAAAAAGAUGAACACAAGCUCAUCACCGAAUGGAAGAGAAGGAAAGGUGGAUUCAGAGCUUCCAUGUUUAUUUUCGUCUUGUCAGCAUUGGACAACAUGGGAUUUGUGGCAAACAUGGUUAGCUUAGUCCUAUACUUUUAUGGGGUGAUGCAUUUUGAUCUGUCCAGUUCUGCCAAUACUCUCACAAACUUUAUGGGUUCAACUUUCUUGUUAUCCCUUGUUGGAGGCUUCAUCUCAGAUACUUACCUAAACAGAUUCACCACAUGCUUGCUUUUUGGAUCACUAGAGGUUCUGGCUUUGGCAAUGCUCACGGUUCAAGCUGCUUCAAAUCAUUUACAUCCAGAAGCAUGUGGCAAGUCAAGCUGUGUCAAAGGUGGCAUAGCAGUCAUGUUUUACACAUCACUGAGUCUGUUGGCAUUGGGUAUGGGAGGGGUAAGAGGAUCUAUGACUGCAUUUGGUGCUGACCAAUUUGAUGAAAAGGAUCCAAUUGAAGCAAAAGCUCUUGCAAGCUUUUUCAAUUGGCUUUUGCUCAGUUCAACUCUUGGAGGAAUUACAGGAGUUACAGGUGUUGUGUGGGUUAGCACCCAAAGAGCUUGGCAUUGGGGCUUUUUCAUAAUAACCAUAGCUGCCACUAUUGGUUUUGUGACACUUGCUCUUGGUAAGCCAUUCUACCGCAUCAAAACUCCUGGAGAUAGCUCCACUUUGAGGAUUGCUCAGGUUAUUGUUGUGGCUUUUAAGAACCGGAAGCUGUCACUGCCAGAGUCACAUGAAGAACUAUAUGAAAUCAGUGAUAAAGAUGCUACAUUAGAGAAGAUUGCCCACACCAACCAGAUGAGGUUUCUAGAUAAAGCGGCUAUUCUCCAAGAAAACUCAAAACCCCAGCCAUGGAAGGUUUGCACAGUGACACAAGUUGAAGAAGUCAAGAUCCUAACCAGAAUGUUACCAAUAGUGGGCAGUACAAUUAUAUUGAACACUUGUAUGGCACAGCUUCAAACAUUCUCGGUUCAACAAGGGAAUGUGAUGAACCUGAAACUUGGUUAUCUUACAGUUCCUGCUCCAUCCAUUCCUGUUAUCCCACUUGUUUUUAUAACCAUCCUGGUUCCCAUAUAUGAAUUCUUCUUUGUGCCAUUCGCACGAAAGAUCACUCACAACCCUUCAGGCAUUACACAACUUCAAAGGGUAGGUGUGGGACUAGUACUCUCAGCCAUAUCAAUGGGAGUGGCUGGGAUUAUAGAAGUAAAAAGAAGGGACCAAGGAAAGAGAGACCCUUCUAAGCCCAUAAGUCUAUUUUGGUUGUCCUUCCAAUAUGGUAUAUUUGGAAUAGCAGAUAUGUUCACCCUUGUUGGACUCUUGGAAUUUUUUUACAGGGAAUCACCUGCAAGCAUGAAAUCACUCUCAACUUCUUUCACUUGGUUAUCAAUGUCUCUUGGUUACUUCUUGAGCACCGUAUUUGUGAAUGUCAUAAAUGCUGUUACCAAAAGGAUCACUCCUGGCAAACAAGGAUGGUUGCAUGGAUUUGACUUAAAUCAAAAUAAUCUCAAUCUGUUUUAUUGGUUCUUGGCCACCCUUAGCUGCCUUAAUUUUUUCAACUAUCUUUACUGGGCCUCGCGUUACAAGUACAAAUCUGAAGACAGCAAUUCAAGCACAGAUUUGAAGGCUUCAGCUGAAAUGCCUCUCAAAAUGAUUGAGAGGAAACAAGAUUGGGAAUCCAAGGGUGAUGCUAACAGCCAUGACUAAUGGAAACAAACUGUAGAUAAUGGAAG